AUGAGCGACGUUUUCGAAGGGUACGAGCGCCAAUACUGCGAGCUAUCAACUAAUCUCACCAGAAAAUGCAAUUCGGCUUGUCUUCUAUCCCAAGGAGAUGAGAAGAAAGGAAAGCUUUCUGAGAUCAAAUCCGGAAUAGAUGAAGCGGAUGUAUUGAUCCGAAAAAUGGACCUCGAGGCGAGAAGUUUGCAGCCGAGUGCUAAGGCCUCUUGUCUUGCUAAACUAAGAGAAUAUAAAUCUGACCUGAACCAACUGAAGAAGGAGUUCAAGAGAGUUUCAUCACCAGAUGCUAAUCAAUCUUCCCGUGAAGAGUUGAUGGAAUCUGGAUUGGCGGAUCCGCAUUCGGUGUCUGCUGAUCAAAGAGAGAGAUUGACAAUGUCAGUGGAGAGGCUUGAUCGGUCUAGCGACAGAAUCAGAGAGAGUCGCAGAACCAUGCUGGAGACAGAAGAGAUUGGUGUCGCAAUUGUUCAAGAUCUGAGUCAGCAGCGGCAAACUCUCCUUCACGCACACACCAAGCUUCAUGGUGUGGAUGACGCCAUCGACAAGAGCAAGAAAGUGUUGACGGCCAUGUCAAGAAGAAUGACAAGGAACAAAUGGAUUGUUACUGCAGUAAUCGUGGCUCUCAUUCUCGCAAUUAUCCUGAUUAUUUCAUUCAAACUUUCUCACUAA